GCACACUCUUGCUUUGAGCAGAUGCGGGCCUGGGGAUCAUUGGAGUCCCAACUCAGGGCGGUGGAGAGGAGUCUGUGACUGAUUAUUCACAGCUUCCGUCUCCACCUAUUGGCUCUGCAGAGCCUAUGCUGAGCUGGGGCUCAGUGACAGGAGGAGGCUCCGUGUCAAUAAAAAGAGGGGAUAGAAAGAGUAGGGCUGUAAUUCCAAAGGGGAACAAGCAGAGCUCUGCAGUCCUCGGUGCCGUCUGGGGGCUACAAAGCCAAAAGCUACAGCUGCAAAAAGGGAGCAGUUUCCUCCCACCCACCUUCACUGAUGACCAGAUUAACCUAAAGCUGAGGAAAGGAGACGGACAGAAUUUGCUGAGACUCUCAACUUUCCAAGAGCCUGCAGCUCCCAGAAUCAACUUUCCACCCAAACUCUGCCGCAGGCGGGGAGCUCUCCAGGGACUGGGAGGAACACACAGGAAGUGCCCACUGCGCAGAAUGGAGCGGCACGUUCUGGUGUUGGCUCUUUGCAUGGGUUUGGCUCAUUCGGCCUUUGCAGACUGUGCAGCCCAGUGCUCCGUGUGUGCCGUGCAGACCCAGGAUUUGGAGAAGCCCAUCAGUCCCCUGAUCUGUUCGCUGGAGUGUCACGGUUCCUUGCUGUCCAGCGCGGAGUGGGAGAGGUGCCAGACCAUUCUGGCUCUCCUCGCCCCACUGAUGGUGGAUGUGGGGGGCCAGGGCCUGUCCCCUCUGGAGGCUGAGGCCAAGGCAGAGCCAGAGGGGAGCCCCAUCCCCGGCGAGCUCCCCAGCGGCCUGGUCAAACGCUAUGGUGGCUUCAUGAAGAAACUGGACAAGAACAAGAUUUUCUCCCUCUUGCGUGAGAACGCCCACAGCAAAGGUGGCAUGGCUAAGAAGUACGGUGGCUUCUUCCGCAAGCCGGGGGAGAGGGCGGCCUCUGAGGUGGCGGAGGACUACCCGGAGCUGGAAGCCAAGGAGACAGGCGACCACAGGGAGGAGCCCGAGGAAGGAAACCUCAAGGAUGAGAUGAAGCGCUAUGGGGGCUUCCUUCGCAAGUACCCCAAGCGGAGCUCGGAGCUGGCCCCCGAGGGGGAGGGGCAGGGGCAGGAGCUGGAGGACCUGCACAAGCGCUACGGGGGCUUCAUGCGCAGGAUCCGCCCCAAGCUCAGAUGGGACAAUCAGAAGCGCUACGGGGGCUUCCUGCGGCGCCAGUUCAAGGUGACGACGCGGUCGGACGAGGACCCCAACGCCUACUCGGGGGAGGUCUUGGACCUAUAGAACCCCCCCCGCCAGCCGAGAUACUUCCAGUAGGGACUGCAUCGCUCCUCCCGACCCACAUCACCCUCCCGUGCUCAGCUGCGCAUCCCCGGCAUCACACGCCAAUCCGUCCUUUGAGUGAUACCCAGGUGCACCACCCUGCUGCCGCUUCCCUGAAGAGCCAGAUGUUUAGAAACCAGGCAGGGAUUGCAGCCGGCCACGUUUCUCCCCAGUUUCUGUCUCUCUCAGCUCUGGGACUUGGACCAGUACCAAAGCGAUUGGCCCAGCUAUGGGUUUAGUUCAGCUGUAUGGAAAGCAGGUUACUUUAAUUAAGUCUCAGACAACUGACUAUUGAUCCUCCUUGUGACCCGUAGCGAUGAGCCCAACUCAAGCUCCCACCCUCCAGUCGGAAUACCCCAAACACUGGGAAAGUUCAGCUCUGGAUCCAAACUUGGUGGCUGGCCCCUUUGGUCCUUCGUGGACCAAACCAGAGCUCCAGGUCCAAAGGCCUCCCAGCUUUGGGGGAGUUUGGCUCUAGCUCCAAAUUGGAACCAUACAGCUUUGCGGUGGAACCCCAUUUCCAAGGUCCCCAGCGCUGGCACCAGGUGCUGCUGGGCGUUUCAAAUAUAAAUAUUCUAAUGGAAACAGAGGCAUCUGCUACUUGCCUUCUAGUCUAUCCAUUCAGAUGCCUCUGCUCAGAACAUCCCGAUUGUUCUCUAAUUGCACAGUGUCUCCCAGAGGGACCUGUGUUUGUAUGGGAGGGCAUCUAGCCUGGAGAGCAAGGUGGGCUUGCCCUAUAGAACCCUGACUUGCUUCAUUAUAUUCCAGCUAAAUCACAGCUGUGACCCUUUAUAAUACACAUGAGAGAGGCACACUUCUAAUGAAGCGAUGAAAUCUCAAUAGUGUUGCACUUCUGAAGGCACCCGAGUCAACCGCUCGUUUGUCACCUGGGGAUUUAUGCGCACAGUCAUGAAGGGAGCAGAGUGAAUGUAGGUAUUGUGCUGCCAGAUUUGCUGGCACAGUCCGAUUCUUUGUGCCUUGGAGUGAUUGUGUGCACAGAAUUGCAGGUGCAAAUAAGUUGGAGCACAAACUGACAGUAGCUGGCCCCAUUCUAUCCCUGCCCACAGGGGAUCGCUCUCACACACAAUGACAGAAAUCAAGUAGGAGCCAUUUCUGAAAGUUUGGCUCAUCAUGUAGUUCUCAUUGCAACCAUCCGUGUUCUCCCCCAUCCCCCAGCGAAUGCU